CGGGAGCGGCGGAGGCCCCGCGGCGGCCGAUGGUCCGGGCAGCGCCGCCGCCCCCCGCCCGCGCCGCGCCCCCCGGCCCCAUGGCGCGGCGGGCCCUAGGCCGGCAGGGCGGGAGCUCACGGGCACCGCCGGCACCACCGCUGCGGGCGCUGCUGCUGCUGCUCCUGCUGGGCCCCGCCGCGGCCGCCGCCGCCGGCGAGGAGGCGGCGGUGGCGGUGCCCAAGGAAUGCGACAAGCCGUGCGCCAACGGCGGGCGGUGCCAGCCCGGCACCGGGCAGUGCGAGUGCCAGCCGGGAUGGGUGGGCGACCAGUGCCAGCACUGCGGGGGAGGAUUUCAGCUCACUGAACCUUCAGGGUACGUCACGGAUGGGCCUGGGAAUUACAAAUACAAGACCAAGUGCACCUGGCUCAUUGAGGGAAGGCCAAACACAAUCCUCAGGCUUCGGUUCAACCACUUUGCCACGGAGUGCAGCUGGGACCACCUGUACGUGUACGAUGGAGACUCCAUUUACGCUCCCUUACUGGCAGCUUUCAGUGGCCUCAUUGUCCCCGAGAAGGACAGCAACGAGACAGUCCCUGAAGUUGUAGCCACCUCUGGCUACGCUCUGCUGCAUUUCUUCAGCGACGCUGCCUACAACCUCACGGGCUUCAACAUCACCUACAGCUUCAACAUGUGUCCCAACAACUGCUCUGGCCGAGGGGAGUGCAGGCUCAACAGCAGCACCAAGGCUCUGGAAUGUGACUGUGCCAAACACUGGAAGGGGGAAGCCUGUGACAUUCCCUACUGCUCCGGGGACUGCGGCGCUCCCGAGAGGGGCCACUGCGACACCAACGACUCCAGGGCCUGUGUGUGCUCCCCAGGCUGGCAGGGUCCUGGCUGUUCCAUUCCUGUUCCUGCAAACCAGUCCUUUUGGACCCGGGAGGAAUAUUCUCUUCCCAAACUCCCUCGAGCCUCCCACAAAACGGUGAUCCACGACAACAAGAUGUGGAUUGUUGGGGGCUACGUCUUCAACCACUCCGACUCUCAGAAGGUUUUAGCGUAUGAUCUUAUUUCUGAGGAGUGGCUUCCCCUGAACAGCUCUGUGAACUCAGUGGAGAUGAGAUAUGGUCAUUCCCUGGCGUUACACGAGGACAACAUCUACAUGUAUGGGGGGAAGAUUGAUGCCACGGGGAACGUGAGCAGCCAGCUGUGGGUGUUCCACAUCUCCAACCAGAGCUGGGCCCAGGUGUCUCCCAGGGCCAAGGAGCAGUACGCCGUGGUGGGACACUCCGCCCACAUCGUCACCCUGCGGGACAACAGCACCGUCAUGCUGGUCAUCUUCGGCCACUGCCCCCUCUAUGGCUACAUCAGCAACGUCCAGGAGUACAACCUGGUGACAAAUACCUGGAGCAUUUUACAGACCAGUGGAGCUUUGGUGCAGGGGGGGUAUGGCCACAGCAGCGUUUAUGAUCCCAACACCAGGUCGAUUUACAUCCACGGGGGUUACAAAGCCUUCAGUGCCAACAAGUACAGGCUGGCAGAUGAUUUGUACAAGUAUGAAGUUGAUUCCCGGAUGUGGACCAUCCUGAAGGACAGCCGGUUCUUCCGCUACCUGCACUCGGCCGUGGUGGUGAGCGGCACCAUGCUGGUCUUCGGGGGCAACACCCACAACGACACCUCCAUGAGCCACGGGGCCAAGUGCUUCUCCUCCGACUUCAUGGCCUAUGACAUCGCGUGUGAUCGGUGGUCGGUCCUUCCCCGCCCGGGGCUCCACCACGACGUGAACAGGUUUGGACACUCGGCUGUGCUGUACAACAGCACCAUGUACGUCUUUGGAGGCUUCAACAGCCUCCUGCUGAGCGACAUCCUGAAGUUCACCCCUGAGAGAUGCGAGGCUUUCGCCAACGAGUCGUCCUGCCUGCGGGCGGGGCCGGGCGUCAGGUGCGUGUGGGCUCCCAAACCCGCCCGCUGCGUCCCCUGGGAAAACGCCACCCUGGAGCAGCAGCAGAAGGUCUUGGAAGACUGUCCUCCCAAGCCAGCUGUAGACAAUGAAAAAUGUGAUCAGAUUACAGACUGCUACAGCUGUACAGCCAACACCAACAGCUGUCAGUGGUGCUCUGACCAGUGCAUCCCAGCACACAGCAACUGCACCGAGGAGCAGGUUCCUAUUACCCUCUAUGAGAAUUGUCCCAAGGAUAAUCCUGCUUAUUACUGUAACAAAAAGACAAGCUGUAAAAGCUGUGCCAUGGAUCAAAACUGCCAGUGGGAGCCCAGGAAUCAGGAGUGCAUCGCUUUGCCAGAAAACAUCUGUGGAACAAACUGGCACUUGGUGGGCAACUCCUGCCUGAAGAUCACCAAUGCCAAGGAGACCUACGACCAUGCCAAGCUGUCCUGCAGAUCCAGUGGUGCUGUGCUGGCUUCCCUCACCACCCAGAAGAAGGUGGAUUUUGUCCUGAAGGAGCUGCAGAAGAUCCAGUCCUCGCCCAAAACUUUGACUCCCUGGGUCGGGCUGAGGAAAAUCAACGUGUCCUACUGGUGCUGGGAAGACAUGUCCCCUUUCACCGACACCCUGGUGCAGUGGCUUCCCCAGGAGCCCAGUGAUGCUGGAUUUUGUGUCUAUUUGGCUGAGCCCUCCCAGCAGGGGUUGAAGGCAGCGACGUGCAUCGACGAGCUCAACGGCAGCAUCUGCGAAAGGCCGGCCAACCACAGUGCCAAGCAGUGCCGCACGCCCUGCGCCCUGCGCUCGGCGUGCGGGGAGUGCACGAGCGGCAGCUCCGAGUGCAUGUGGUGCAGCAACAUGAGGCAGUGCGUGGACUCCAACGCCUACGUGGCCUCCUUCCCCUACGGACAGUGCAUGGAGUGGUACACCAUGAGCAGCUGCCCCCCUGAGAACUGCUCGGGCUACUGCACGUGUGCCCACUGCCUGGAGCAGCCUGGCUGCGGGUGGUGCACGGACCCCACCAACACCGGCAAGGGCAAGUGCAUGGAGGGCUCUUCCCGGGGCCCCGUCAGGAUGCCCAGCCCGUCCCCGGCGGGGAAGCAGAGCCUGGAGCCCGUCCUCAACGUCAGCAUGUGCCCCGUGGAGAGCAGCUACAGCUGGGCCUUCAUCCAGUGCCCAGCCUGCCAGUGUAAUGGGCACAGCAAGUGUGUCAAUGAGAGCAUCUGUGAGAAAUGUGAGAACCUGACAACAGGCAAACACUGUGAGACUUGCAUUUCUGGCUACUACGGGGAUCCCACCAACGGGGGGACGUGUCAGCCCUGCAAGUGCAACGGCCACGCGUCCGUCUGCAACACCAACACUGGCAAGUGUUUCUGCACCACCAAGGGGAUCAAAGGAGAUGAGUGUCAGCUGUGUGAAGUCGAAAACAGAUAUCAGGGAAAUCCACUCAAAGGAACGUGUUACUACACUCUCCUCAUCGACUAUCAGUUCACCUUCAGCCUGUCCCAGGAGGACGAUCGUUAUUACACCGCAAUCAACUUCGUGGCCACUCCCGAAGAGCAAAACAGAGACCUGGACAUGUUCAUCAACGCAUCCAAAAACUUCAACCUCAACAUUACUUGGUCCACAAGUUUUGCAGCUGGCACACAGGCUGGGGAGGAAAUUCCAGUCGUUUCCAGAACCAACAUCAAAGAAUACAAGGACAGUUUCUCCAACGAGAAGUUUGAUUUCCGCAACAACCCCAACAUCACGUUCUUCGUGUACGUCAGCAACUUCACCUGGCCCAUAAAAAUCCAGAUUGCAUUCUCACAGCACAGCAACUUUAUGGACCUGGUGCAGUUCUUUGUGACGUUUUUCAGCUGUUUCCUGUCCUUGCUCCUGGUGGCAGCUGUGGUGUGGAAGAUCAAACAGAGUUGUUGGGCGUCACGACGGAGAGAGCAACUCCUGCGCGAGAUGCAACAGAUGGCGAGUCGCCCCUUCGCCUCCAUCAACGUUGCCUUAGAAACAGAUGAAGAGCCACCAGAUCUCAUCGGGGGGAGCAUAAAGACGGUACCAAAGCCCAUCGCGCUCGAGCCCUGCUUCGGGAACAAAGCGGCCGUUCUCUCCGUCUUCGUGAGGUUGCCUCGAGGACUUGGGGGAAUUCCACCACCAGGACAGUCAGGUCUCGCCGUGGCCAGCGCUCUGGUGGACAUUUCACAACAGAUGCCAAUUGCCUACAAAGAGAAAUCGGGCGCCGUCCGAAAUCGGAAGCAGCAGCCCCCUGCACAGCCAGGAACCUGUAUUUGAUGCAUGGACAUCACAAACUCUCUUAGGGUUUUAAACAAAAUGGAAAAGGAAUCCCGAGGAGGAGGAGGAGGAGGAGGAGGAGGAGGAAGAUUUCCAAGUUGUGUCCCAAGAGACUCGAAGCACUCGGAAAAAAAAACAAAACAAAACCGAAACCACACCUUCCUUGAUCCCGACUUUUUUCUCUCAUCUCCGUGCUCUAGUUGGCUUUAUUUGACGACUGCUCCACUUAAGUUUUACUGACAACGUGGCUUCAGGUUGCUCCUUUUUUUUUUUUUUCCUUUUUUUUUUUUUUUUUUGUUGUUGUUUUCCUUGGAGUUCUAAGUGAAAUAAUUUUAUUGCAGGGGGUCGGUGUUUCCAGUCCCUGCCGGGUGUAAAUAAGAACAGUAGUCCAAUAUGAAUGACACUCAGGUUUCUACAUGGAAAGUGCUUUGUAGUUCAUGUAUUUAUCAAACUGUACAAAAAGAGAGAGAGAGAGAGAAAAAAAAAAGAAAAAAAAGAUCCAGUGUUUACAGGUGUCAGCUCUCAACACAUAAACACUACUAUUAAUCUUCAAAGCAUCCUCAUCCUUUGUUUUCAUUUAGUGUUUAAUUCUCCCCUUGUUUUUGGUCAAUUGUUUUCAGCAGAACUCUCUUCCAGACACAGCCUUUUUUUUUUUUUUUUUUUCCUGUGUGUGUGUGUGUUUGUUUUUAUUGUUUGUUUGUUUGUUUGUUUUGUUAAGUCAUCACGGUCCAGGAAUGCAAAAGCUGGGAUGGUUUGAAGGUUGCUGUUGCUCAGAAAUAACUGGAAAAAGCCGGAUGUUGCCCUGGAAGGACUCGGUGUUUACACAGUCUUAACCUGCUUGGAGUACCCCACACACAAGUGCCUAGACUUGAACAGCUCUAGGGGGUGAGGAGACCGCUCCACACGCUUCUGAACACCAUUCAGUUCCUUUGGAAACAUCUGCACCCUCACAUCUAGGCUCUCCCAAGGCAGCCUGUGUUCUCUGUGCCAGGAAAAAGGGCCUUUUCCUGCCUGACCCCCGCUGCUCACCCAGGUGGAAAUCCCUGGAGGGCAAGUCGAGUUCCGGCGCCUCACCAGAGAACUGCUGGUUCCACCAGCGCUUUCACAGCAGCACUUUGUGUUCCAGGCUGGGUGCAGCAGAUUAUUCCUCCUGAUUUUGGCCUCUUUUCCUCUCCCCCCCCUUCCCUCAUCAGAGCCCUUUGCUCCACCUCCUGCAGGGGUGAAACUCAACGCUCCACGUGCCACGAGCGCUCGAGGAUGACGUAAAAAAAAGCCCCAAACUUGAGACAAAAAUCAAGCAGAGCAGCUUGGUUUGGAGACCUGCCGGUGUUUGCUGAUGGGUUUGAGCUCUGUAGAUGUCUCUGAAGAAGUGGCUGGUUGGGGAAAGGAUUUUGUGAACAGCAGAGGGAAGUUUGGCUUUUUUUUGGGGGGGGUGUUUGCACGGAGCCAUCUGAACCGCUCUGGUGAGUGGGGGUUGUGUUUUGAGGCUCAGGGUUGGGCUUGAUGAGCCAGGGUUGUGUUUUGAGGCUCAGGUUUAGGCUGGAGGUUGGGCUUAACCCACCCAUCUGCCCAGGCAUGGUGGUGGUGGUGCCCAGUGUUUCCUUGGAGUCUGGAAUGUGGCACAGCCGGGCCCCCCAGAGACUUGGGGGUGUUGGAACUUGGGGUGUUGGAAGGUCUUAGUGAAAAGGUGCCAAACUGUGUAAUUAGGGCUUAAUAACAGUCAUUUUGGGUGCAGUCACCUGACUGUGUGGAGAACAUCUCAUAGUUACCAAACGCCCAGGGAUCUUCGGGUCAGGUGGCACUUUAACCCAAACUGAAACCCAAAUCACUGCAUCUGUUUGGUUUUUUUUUUAAUGCACCUUUUUGGUGAUCAGUCACAUCAACCACUUGUUUUUUUUUAGACUGUUUUCCUUUUUUUCUAACCUCUGUGUUUUGAAGAGGCUUCUCAGAGCGUCGCAGCAAAGAUGGAAAUUGGUGGCAGAGGGGAUGGGAACAGCCCAUCAGGUGGUUUGGGGACCCUGGUGGGUGAUAAUUCCCCUUUAAUGUGUCAUUUAACAAGUGCAAGGGGACUGCAAAAGGGUGUCAGGAGAGGCGAAAAAUAUUAAGGGGGGAAAAAAAUCGCAUUUUAUAUCUAAAUAUAUCUAAAUACAGAUAAACGCCUCAGUUUCCAAACCCAAAGUUUAAAGGCCCUCUGGGAAAAAGGAAUUCUGGGAGGGAAAAGAGGGGGAGUUUUGUGUUUUAGGAUGAAGGGAUUUAGGUGGUUUGAGGUUCUACCUGAUGCACAGAUUACCUCAGACAGGUUCAUCUCCUCGUAGCACUUCCUGCCUCUCUCUGUGAUAGGACUGACCUGAACUGGAGAAAUAAGACUGGACUAAAAUCCCUCCCCUGUUGUUCCAUGUUUUCCUCAUGUUAAACAGCUCCUGGGACUGGAGGCUUGGAGAGGUGAUAGAUUUUUACAUUCACAAAAAGACGUAAAUAUUGAUUUUUGGAGGGGUUUCCUCACCCCUGGAGAGAUGAUUUAUCAAGUCUGCAAAGCCACAAAACGUCAGAUUUUUGGGGGGAAAAGAGCAGAAAUGAUCAAAGUUUUGAGGUUUAGCAGAACAAAAGGUAAAAAAAAAAAAAGUCAAUAGAGGGACAAGAGUUAUUUCUAUAAAUAAAAGGGUUAUUUGUAUAAAUAAAAAGCUCCUUUGGGACAGAGCUCUGCUCUGCAUCUGAUCUCCAAACCUGAUGAGGGACAGGAGAACUCAUACAGGAGCUCUGCUGCAGUUUCAUCCCGACUCCAAGGUAAAACAGGGGAAAAAAAGUGGGAAUGAGUGGGAAUUUCUGGGGGUUUAUCACCAGAUAUCACCAAUAUCAACAGGGAAGGCUUUGUGAGAUUAUUUCCUUUGGAGGUUAAGUGGAAGAGGGGGAAAGAACAACCUGAUUUUCUGAGAGAAACUGUAAAUAAAUGACAAUUAACACCCAGAUUUUGCACUUGUACAUAAAACCUACGGCAACUUGCAGAACGUGGAGAGGUUUAAAAUGUGCAUAAACCAGGAAAAAAAACCACAAAACAACAAACAAUUGAAUGUAUUUUUGAUGCUUUUUAAGUGCUACAUGAGUUUUGUCUUAAUAACUCCCUCAGCUGAUCAGAGGGAGGGCACUUUCCAGAGCUUUGAACAUCGGCUGAUGUCGUGAGAUCUCGCCAAGCGGGGAGGAAUAAAUUCAAUUUUCUGUGUUCAGAUCACUCCAGAGGAGAAACCAAGGGAAAGAACAGCUUUGUCCAUUGGAAAAGGGGGGAAAACCCAACGCUUGGGACACAAGGAGUGACUGUCCCUAAAGGAGUCACCUCGUGGAGGAUUAAGGCAGCACUUUAAGCCGCUGUUAUUAAGAUUGUGGCAGUGAUUUCCACCCAAAAUCACUGGUUUUGGGUGUUUGGAACUGGCUGAAAUUCAGCAUUGGAUGUCUCAACCCUCAGAACUUCCCAGUUCUUUGAGAACUUUACCAAAAAUUAAUAAUAAAAGCUCAGAAGUGUUGCAGCCCUUUUUAAAGCAGUGCUGCUGCUGGAUCUGCAAACUCCAAAAACCACUCUUGUUUUUCUCUUUAAUUCCCUGUUUUCCAGGGGUUUUAACUGGGAAUUUUCUCUGGGCUGUCUCAGCCUGACCCUGCCACGCUCCGGGGUGGUAUUUUUGGGUACAGGAAGGUUUGUGAGACACAACUUUUUGAGGUGGUUGUCGCUCUCCCUGGGCUUAAAAAGGGCUGGAUGAAAAUUUGCCAAAAUCAAGCUGUUCAUGGUGGGGAGUUUAACCCAAAUCAUGGAGUGUCCCAAAAUCCAGUGGGACGGUGCCAUCAGCACGUGGCAGCUCCUUUGGUCGCUUCCCUAGGGAUAAUUUGUGUCCCUAAACACCAUCUUCAUCCUCAGAAACAUCAUUUCUCCGUGGUAAAUGUUCCCAAGGAGCGCAGGCAGUGGGAUUGUGGAAUGGUUUUCCGUGCAAGCUCAGCUCGUCCCCACCCUCAAUAAGCUGAAUUUUGAGGCUGAAAUGGAACUUGAGGCUUUUCCCGUGAGCUGCUGGAAUUCCAGAGCUACCCCUCCAUCCAGCUGCUUUCCCAAGAAACCCUGAGUUAAUCAGCUGCAUCCCAGAAAACCUUUUUCCCCUGGAAGCAGGGCCUCGCUGCCACUGAGCUGGGGAGGGAGCAGAGAGCGGACUCGGCAUUCCCGGAGCGAAUUCCCAACCUCACCCAUCUGCAUCUCCCAUGUUAUCCAUCCAGGAAUACCACAGGGGAGGGGAGGGCUGAGCUGCAGGAGAGGGAAUUGUGAGGGGUUUAUUGGGAAGAUCUUUGGGGCUGCAGGAGGAAGGGGUGGGGGGGUUGUCCCUGUCUUAUUCUUGGCGAUUUUUUAGGUCCAAUUCCCGCUUUUCCCGUCGGGAGCUGCUGAAACGAGCGGGGUUUGCCACUCCAGGACUGCGAGAUGUGUUUGUGUUGGGUUGUGUUUUUUUCCUGCAUCAGGGCAGGUUUUAUUCAGUUUAUUCCCCUUGUUCCCACGGACUGUUGGUGUUUGUCUUCCAGGUACUGCAAUUCCUCGACCGUUCCCCCCCCCCCUCUCCGUUUAUCCCACAAACCUCGUCAGGAGAAAGAAGGAAAAAAAAAAAAUUAACAAAAUAAAUAAAAAUUGUGGAGGAGUGUAACAUAAGUCAGUCCAUUUUUUUUACAAAAAUUAAAAAUACUAAAAAAAAAUAAAAAAAGAGAAAAAGCAGAUUUUCUAUUGCUCGGCAGUUUGUGCACAAUAAACGUUCUUUCAGACCCUCCAAUUUGUUGCAUUCUGGAUUUUCUUUGUGUUUUGUUUUUUUUUUCCUUCCCCCCCUUUGCCCUGGAAUUAUUUCCCAUUCUCUGCGUUCCCUACUCGGGCUUAAGUUUGUUAAUCUCGUCUAAUUUGGCAUUUCUGGCAUCCGUGUGUAAAUAGGAGCGAGGCUUGUAAAUUAUUCCAUCGCCGGGGUCGUGGGUGUGACACGAGCACACAUUUAGGACUGUGGGGUUUGGUUUUUUUUUUUGGGAUGAUUUUUUUUCUAUUGUAAAAAGGAACAGCUCAUUUAAAGCCGCAACGAGAUAAAACUUGGGAGCUCUGUGCGUUUUAAAUACAAAUGUGAAGUACCUGUAUAUAAAUAAAAGUAAAUAAUGCAAAAAAAAAAAAAGAAAAAAAAAA